CUUGUUUUGUGAGAUUCAUCAGUUUCCAAAAUUUAGAGAAUCUCUCUCUCUCUCUCUCUGUCGCCUGAAGUGAUAACAUUCUCCAUUAUUCAUUCAUUCACACCCCCAAGGAUUAUUAGAUCGGAGCUAUCAAAACCCAUCCUCUCGCCGGAAAAUUCUCUGUUUUUUUUUGUUUUUUUUAAUUACUUUCAAUCCAGAUAACAACAACACGACAGGAGAAUCUUAGCCUCUCUCUCUCUUCCACCUUUUAUCUCUCUGUCUAUAGAAGUAAUUGAGAUAUAUAUCUUCAACACGAAGCUUUCAUUCAAGCCAAUGGAUUCGUUGGUUCGAAACCAGUAGCUUCAAAAGGUCAUGGAUUUAGUCAGGGGUUUCUGGAGGAAACAUAGAAGGAAGAUUUUGGUAACGACGACUUGUUUGGGAAGUGGGUAUUUGCUUUACAAACUAUACAAUGCCCAUACUCGUAACCUCGCUGACUUGGAACGAGAGCUUGCUAACGAGCGUGAGAAUGAUGAGAUUAUCAAAACCCAAAUGAAGGCACAUUUCGAUAACAUUCAGAUGAUUGCUGAUACUGCAACAUUGCCUCACGCAAUGCAUCACUUGAGUAGCCGUUUAGUUGAAGAGAUCGAUGUCUCUAGUAUUAUGGAUAAGCUUAGCAAAGGCAAAGGGAUAUUGAUUCCUUCUGAGAAGCUUCAACUCUGGAAUGAGCUCAAAAUUUUGAGUUUCACGAGGCUGGUUUUGUCGCUUUGGUCAGUCACUAUGCUUAGUUUGUACAUUAGGGUUCAAGUCAAUAUUUUGGGCAGACAUUUAUAUAUCGACACUGCUAGAGGUCUUGGCAGCUCCCAUUUACUUGAUGAAUUAGAUCUCAUAGAUAGAGAUGACGAACAAAAGUUUUUGGCAAGCGCUGAUUUUCUUUCAACCAGUGGUAUGCCUAGUUUGAUAUCUGAUAUGCAGAGUGCAGUGAAAGAAGUACUCAAGGGAAAGCAGUUAAAGGAUGUGUUGACCACAAAGGUUCUUCAAGAAACUGUGAUGCGGAUUCUUGAUGUGUUUAUGAGCACUGGAAGUCCACAUCACUGGGUAGAUUAUCUAAUGAUGUCCCAAGACACGACCACUGAUGUUUCCUCUCCUGAUGCAACUCUCUCCAAGUUUCACCAACUCAUAACCGAGACUCGGGAAGUACUCACUAGCAAUGAUUUUACAAAUGUAGCAGAGAUCUCACUCAAGUCGUGUGCUGUUGCGUUAGUAGAGGAGAUGGAAACACAGACCGGUCUGGCCACGGGGAUGCAAUUGGCGAAGCUAUUACCACAGAUUGAGAAGACAAUGCCGGAGAUUUCAGCUGAACCGGACAAGAACCGGUUCUUGCAACUCAUCCGAGAUUUGCCCGAAGUUAAACUCUUUUUCACUCUUUUAUACGCAAAUAUGCCUCAGUAGCAUUAUUAAAAUAUCACCGAUUCCGAAUAGCCAAAUUGUUUUCUUUGAUUACUUCUCUUGUUUGUUUCAUCAGUUUACUUAAAAAUUAGUAAAAUCGAAUUUCAUCAAAAUAAUGUUGUUCAAUAUGUAUCAAAACAUUUAAUAUUG